CUUUACAAGAAACCAGACCGACGAUCCUCGCUUGUUCCCCAAUCCAGAAUCCUCCACCGACUUCCCCAACCUUCCGAUUCCGAUUCCGAUCGCGAUCCUCCCGAACGUCUUCGCCGGCGCCAUGCCUUGAAGCCCCGCCGCGCACCGGCGCCGGGCUCAUCGCCGCCCGAUCAUCGAACCGCCCGCCGCGAGCGAAGCGAUGGCGGCCUCGCCGGCGAUCUUCAUCGAGGACUUCGGCCAGAAGGUCGACCUGACGCGGCGCAUCAGGGAGGUCCUGCUCAACUACCCCGAGGGCACCACGGUGCUGAAGGAGGUGAUCCAGAACGCCGACGACGCCGGCGCCACCACCGUGCGCCUCUGCCUGGACCGCCGCGCCCACGGCUCGGGGUCGCUCCUGUCGGACUCCCUCGCGCAGUGGCAGGGCCCCGCCCUGCUGGCCUACAACGACGCCAUCUUCUCGGAGGAGGACUUCGCCAGCAUUUCGAGGAUCGGUGGGAGUAGCAAGCAUUCGCAGGCGACGAAGACUGGCCGCUUCGGGGUUGGCUUCAAUUCGGUGUACCAUUUAACUGAUUUGCCCUCUUUCGUGAGUGGGAAGUAUGUUGUGUUGUUCGAUCCUCAGGGUGUUUAUCUUCCUCAGGUGUCUGCAGCAAAUCCUGGAAAAAGGAUUGACUUUGUCAAUUCUUCAGCUAUUUCAAUAUAUAAGGAUCAGUUUUCUCCAUAUUGUGCAUUUGGUUGUGACAUGCAAAGUUCGUUUUCUGGAACUUUAUUUCGGUUUCCACUGAGAAAUGCUGAUCAGGCUGUCAACAGUAAGCUUUCUAGGCAAGCUUACGAGGAGGAUGAUAUCCGUUCAAUGUUCACUCAGCUGUAUGAGGAGGGAGUUCUAACGCUGCUUUUUCUUAAGAGCGUUCUGUCUAUUGAAAUGUAUAUCUGGGACGUUGGACAACCUGAGCCUAUGAAGCUUUAUUCUUGUUCUGUUUGUUCUGCGAAUAGCGAGACAAUUUUGCAUCGUCAGGCAUUUCUUACCAUGUCAAAAUCAGCUGAUUCUAAAGAUAGCGAGAUGGAUUCUUUCUCACUGGACUUCCUGAGCGAAACAUCCAGUGGGAAUAAUUUUGAGAAGAAGGUCGAUACGUUCUACAUAGUUCAAGCAAUGGCAUCCAGAUCCAGUAGAAUUUCUUCUUUUGCAUCAACUGCUUCAAGAGAACAUGAUAUGCACCUUCUGCCUUGGGCUUCUGUUGCAGCAUGCAUAUCACCAUCUGAUCAGACAAGUGUUCUCAAGCUUGGUGGUGCAUCUUGUUUUCUUCCGUUGCCUGUGAGAACUGGACUGUCAGUGCAAGUCAAUGCAUAUUUUGAGGUGUCAUCAAAUCGUCGUGGAAUUUGGUAUGGAGAUGACAUGGAUAGAAGUGGGAAAGUUCGUUCUGUCUGGAACAGGCUUCUUCUGGAAGAUCUUGUAGCACCUAUUUUUGCACGGUUGCUGCUUGGUGUUCAACAGGUACUUGGUCCAACUGAUUUAUACUAUUCCUUAUGGCCUGUUGGUAGAUUUGAAGAGCCAUGGAAUAUUUUAGUCGAGUACAUAUUCAGAAACAUUGCCAAUGCCCCUGUGUUAUAUUCUGAGAUUCAAGGAGGAAAUUGGGUCUCACCUUCUGAGGCCUUUCUUCAUGAUGCAGAAUUUGAUGGAAGCAAAGAACUUGGGGAAGCCUUGAUUCAGCUAGGAAUGCCCAUUGUCUCUUUGUCCCAUCAAUUGUUUAGUAUGAUCUUGAGUUAUGCAUCCAUUUUUCAACAGAAAGUAGUCACUCCACAUAAUGUACGGCAGCACCUGAAAGGAUGCAGAAUUCUAAGAUCCCUGAGCAAGUCUGCCAAACUUGUUUUGUUGGAAUAUUGUCUUGAGGACUUGAUUGAUGCUGAUGUUGGCACUCAUGCUUAUGACAUUCCUUUGCUUCCUCUUGCAAAUGGUGACUUUUGUUCAUUAUCAGAUGCCUCAAAAGGGUCAUGUUACUUUGUCUGCAAUGAACUUGAGUUCAUGCUGCUUCAGAAAGUCUUGGAUAGAGUGAUUGAUCGCAAUAUCCCUCUCCACUUACUGGGCAGACUUACAUCUAUUGCUAAAUCCUCAAGGGCCAAUCUUACUCUUUUCAGCAUUGAUCAUCUCAUACAAUUAUUUCCCAGCUUUGUACCUGGGGAUUGGAAGUAUAAGAACACUGUGUUCUGGGACCCAGAGAAUUGUCGAGACCAUCCAACUCCGUCAUGGUUUUUGUUGUUCUGGCAGUAUGUAAAAGCUGAGUGUGAAAAGUUGUCUUUGUUUAGUGAGUGGCCAAUUUUACCAUCCACAUCUGGUCAUUUGUGUAGAGCUUCUAGAAGAUCAAGACUGAUUAGGGGGAAUGAUUUGAGUGACAAGAUGAAAGAUAUCCUAGCAAAAUUUGGAUGCAAGAUACUCAGUCCUGACUUCGGGGUUGAACAUCACGAUUUGUCGCACUUUAUAUGGGAAAGUAACAUCACAGGUGUCCUGGAAUCUAUUUUUGACUCUAUCUCUUUGAAUGGUGGAAUAACUCAAACUUUCCAGAGUGUCGGAGCAGAAGAAAGGGAUGUUCUUCGAAUAUUUCUUCUCGAUUUUAAGUGGUACAUUGGAGGUCGUGUGAAUGAUCUUGACCUUCAAAAGUGCAGGAAGCUUCCAAUUUACAAGGUAUAUUCGCCUGGAUCUGAUCUGAAUAUUGAGUAUGCUGACUUAGAAGUUCCUCAUAAGUACUUACCCCCAUUGGAUAUCCCAGAGAGCUUUCUGGGCGUUGAGUUUGUUAUGAUCUCUUCAACAACUGAAGAGGAGAUCUUUUCGAAGUAUUAUGGAAUCGAGAGAAUGGGAAAGGCGCGUUUUUACAGAGAGCAGGUCUUUUGUAGACUAAGGGAUUUGCAACCUGAAACCCGCGAUGGCCUUAUGCUUUCGGUGUUGAAGAAUCUGCCGCAAUUGUGUCUUGAGGACCCUUUUCUGAGGGAAUGCUUGAGAAGUUUGGAAUUUGUUCCAACCAAGAGUGGUUUGAUCAAAUGUCCUUCAGUCUUAUAUGAUCCUCGUGUAGAAGAAAUAUAUACUUUGCUGGAAAAUUCUGAUUGUUUCCCGCAUGGUUCUUUUCAAGAAUCUGAGAUUUUGGACAUGCUGCAAGGUUUGGGUCUAAGGACAUCGAUUUCCCCGGAGACAAUAAUUGAAAGUGCACAACAGGUGGAGAGGUUGGUCCAUGAGGAUCCACAGAAGGCAUAUUACAGAGGCAAAGUGCUGCUUUCUUUUCUAGAGGUGAAUGCAAUGAAGUGGCUGCCAGACAAGUUGGAGGAUGAACAGGGAAAGGUAAAUAAAAUGGUUUCUCUUGCUGCUGUUGCGUUCAGACCUCGCAACUUGAAGUCUGACCUUGAAAAGUUUUGGAAUGAUCUUCGAAUGAUCUGCUGGUGCCCUGUUCUGGUAUCUGCCCCAUUUAAGUCUUUGCCAUGGCCUGUUGUCUCUUCCAAUGUGGCUCCUCCAAAGCUUGUACGUUUGGAGAGGGACCUGUGGCUUGUUUCUGCAAGCAUGCGGAUACUGGAUGGGGAGUGCUCAUCCACUGCCCUGUCACAUGGGCUUGGAUGGUCUUCCAUGCCUGGGGGAAGCGUGAUUGCUGCCCAGCUGCUCGAACUUGGGAAAAAUAAUGAGACUGUGGAUGACCUGGUGCUCCGGCAAGAAUUGGCUUUGGCUAUGCCAAGGAUAUACUCAUUAUUGAAAGGUCUGCUUGGCACAGAUGAAAUGGACAUUGUAAAGGCUGUUCUUGAAGGUAGUAGGUGGAUUUGGGUUGGAGAUGGAUUUUCAACAUCAGAUGAGGUUGUCCUUGAUGGUCCUCUUCAUUUGGCUCCUUAUAUUCGUGUCAUACCUGUUGACUUAGCUGUGUUUAGAGAAUUGUUCUUAGAGCUUGGUGUUAGGGAGUUCUUGAAGCCUGUCGAUUAUGUUGAUAUCCUACACAGAAUGGCUAUGAGAAAAGGUUCCUUGCCUCUUGAUCCCCGGGAAAUCAGGGCUGCCAUUCUGAUUGUGCAACAUCUAUCCGAAGUUCAGGUCCAGGAUCAAGUUAAGAUAUACUUACCAGAUGUCUCUGGCAGACUCUUCCCUUCAAGCGAAUUGGUUUAUAAUGAUGCACCCUGGUUGCUAAGCCCGGAUUAUUCUGAUAGCUCAUUUGGUAGUGGAUCUAACUGUGUCUUAAAUGCAAAGACAAGGGUUCAAAAAUUAGUUCAUGGGAAUAUUUCCAAUGAUGUUGCAGAGAAGCUUGGUGUUUGCUCUCUCCGGAGGAUCUUGCUAGCUGAGAAUGCUGAUUCCAUGAAUUUAAGUUUAUACGGAGCUGCUGAAGCUUUUGGACAGCAUGAAGCCUUGACAACGAGACUUAAACAUAUUCUAGAAAUGUAUGCAGAUGGACCAGGAGUCCUUUUUGAACUUGUCCAGAAUGCAGAGGAUGCAGGUGCUUCAGAGGUGACAUUUCUCUUGGAUAAAACCCAGUAUGGGACUUCUUCUGUUCUCUCUCCCGAAAUGGGAGAAUUGCAGGGGCCUGCAUUGUGCUGCUUUAAUGACUCUGUUUUUAGUCCACAAGAUCUAUAUGCCAUCUCACGAAUUGGUCAGGAAAGCAAACUAGAAAAGCCUUUUGCUAUUGGAAGAUUUGGGCUGGGAUUUAAUUGUGUAUACCACUUUACAGACAUUCCUGCAUUUGUUUCGGGGGAAAAUCUUGUCAUGUUUGAUCCCCAUGCUUGUAACUUGCCUGGGAUCACUCCUUCUCACCCAGGCUUGCGAAUCAGGUUUGCAGGGAGAAAUAUUCUGGAACAAUUCCCUGAUCAGUUCUCUCCUUUCUUGCACUUUGGCUGUGACUUGCAACAUCCAUUUCCUGGUACCUUCUUCCGCUUUCCCCUUAGGAAUGCAACUGUUGCUUCUAGAAGCCAAAUAAAGAAAGAAACUUACACUCCCGAAGAUGUCAUGUCUCUCUUUGUUUCCUUCUCUGAGGUUGUUUCUGAUGCUUUGCUUUUCUUACGCAAUGUCAAAACUAUCAGCAUUUUUGUCAAGGAGGGAACUGGUCACGAGAUGCAACUUUUCCAUCGUGUGCAAAAGCAUGUGAUCCAAGAGCCACAAGCAGAACAUCAGGCAUCGCAUCAGAUUUUUAGCUUUAUUGAUGGAAAUAAACACAGUGGAAUGGAUAAAGGUCAGUUUGUGAGAAAAUUGGUUGAAUCCAUUGGUAAGGAUCACCCUUGCAGAUGUCAAAAGGUUAUCGUCAGGGAGCAAGGCUCGUGCGGUGCUCUAUCACACUUCUGGAUUACCAGUGAAUGUUUGAGUGGCGGGAGAUCUAAGGACAACUUAGCAACCUCCACUGGCAAGUCUGCUAAUUUUGUUCCUUGGGCUUGUGUUGCUGCUCAUCUACAUUCUGAAACAGUUGAAGAUAAAAGUGAUUCUGAUUCUUGGAAGGAGGAUGCUUCCUUGAUCAUCCCAGAGCUAUUUCAAGUAGCUGUGGCAUCAACUAAGGAUAAGCAGGAGUUUGAGGGCCGUGCCUUCUGUUUUCUCCCACUUCCUAUCAGCACAGGUCUUCCUGCACAUGUUAAUGCAUACUUUGAGUUGUCAUCAAACAGGAGAGACAUUUGGUUUGGGAAUGACAUGGCAGGGCAUGGCAAAAAACGCUCUGAUUGGAAUCUUUACCUCCUUAAGGAUGUGGCUGCCCCAGCGUAUGGUCACUUGCUUGAGAAACUUGCAGUGGAGAUAGGUCCAUGUGAUUUGUUCUUCUCGUUUUGGCCAACGGCAGUAAGAUUAGAACCUUGGGUAUCAAUGGUGCACGAACUUUAUGCUUCCAUUGCUAACCUUGGUUUUCGUGUACUGCACACCAAAGCUAGGGGCGGCCAGUGGAUAGCAGCCAAACAAGCUCUUUUUCCUGAUUUUAAGUUCCAUAAGGCAUAUGAGCUUGCUGAAGCAUUGUCGGAUGCUGGUUUACCUUUAGUGAUGAUUUCUGAGCCUAUUGUGGAGAAAUUUGCAGAGACAUGCCCUUCACUGCAUUUCCUCACACCUCAUUUUCUAAGGUCGUUGUUGAUUCGACGGCGACGAAAUUUCAGCAAUCGGGAUGGAGUUAUUUUGACCCUUGAGUAUUGCUUGCUUGAUCUAAAUGGAACAGUUAAAACCGAAAAUCUGUAUGGUUUGCCACUUUUGCCUCUUGCUGAUGGUUCAUUUACAACUUUUGACAAGAAUGGGAUUGGGGAAAGAAUUUACAUUGCCCAAGGAGAAGAAUAUGGCCUUUUGAAAGAUUUCCUUCCACAUCAGCUAAUUGAUUCUGGGAUUCCAGAAGAAGUUCAUGUUAAGCUCUGUGAUAUAGCUAAAAGGGGAGACUCAAAUUUGUCAUUUCUCUCAAGCCACUUGCUCGAGAAACUUUUUGUGAAAUUUUUGCCAGCAGAAUGGCAGAAUGCUACACAGGUGAACUGGUCGCCUGGACAUGAAGGCCACCCAAGCUUCGAAUGGAUGAAUCUAUUCUGGAGCUACUUAAAGUUAAGUUGUCAUGACCUGUCAUUGUUUUCAAAGUGGCCCAUACUGCCUGUUGGCAGCAAUUUUCUCUGUCGACUCACAGAAAAUUCCAAUGUGUUAAUAAAUCAUGGGUGGAGCGAGAAUAUGUCCUGUCUAUUGGUGAAAGUGGGUUGUCAGUUCUUAAGACCCGACAUGAUAAUUGAACAUCCUCAGCUGGACAAGUUUGUGCAACCUCCAACAGCGAUUGGCAUAUUAAAAGCUUUUAGUUCUAUUACUGGUAAGCCCGAGAACAUCUAUAGCCUUUUCAGUGACGUGUCAGAAGGUGAGCUGCAUGAACUGAAGAGUUUCAUUCUUCAGUCCAAAUGGUUUUUUGAAGAGCAAGUGGAUGACCACCAUAUCAGUAUUAUCAGAUCCCUUCCGAUUUUUGAAUCAUAUAGAAGCAGAAAACUUGUCAGCUUGAAUAGACCAAUUAAAUUGCUUAAACCUAAUGGUGUACGUGAUGAUCUCCUGAAUGAUGACUUCAUACGUACAGAGACAGAGAGAGAAAAAAUCAUUCUGAAAAGGUACUUAGAAGUUCAAGAGCCAGAAAAGUUGGAAUUCUACAAGGAUUAUGCACUCAAGCACAUGUCAGAGUUUGUUAAUGAGCCAGAUGCUAUAUCAGCAAUACUGCACGACAUUAAGCUUUUGAUUGAUGAAGAUAAUUCUAUUAAAUCUAUUCUUUGUGUGAUACCUUUUGUUUUGGCAGCGGACGGAUGUUGGCUUGAGCCAUCCAGGCUUUACGACCCUCGUGUGUCUGAGCUGCAGAAGAUACUGCAUAUAGAAGCUUUCUUUCCUUCUGAGAAGUUUUCAGAUCCUGAUAUUUUGGACAUCUUAAUCGAUCUUGGACUUCGAAGAACGUUUAAUUAUACUACUUUGCUCGAUUGUGCAAGAUCAGUGUCACUGCUCUACAAUAGUGGAAAUUUGGAGGCUCUUAACUAUGGCACAAAGCUGCUUGGCAUGCUAGAUAAUAUAGCAUGUAAAAUCUCAGGUGAUGGAGGGGGAAGACCUUCCAAUGAGUUAUCCAAUUUGAGCACACUUCCUGGCGACAGUGCAUUUUAUGGAAGUAAUAAUAAUUUUGACUCCAAUGGAGAUGAAGACAAAGCAGACCCUGUUCCAUUCUUUGACACAGUAGUUGAUGAUAUAUCAGAAGAAGAGUUCUGGUCUGAAUUGAAGGGUAUUGCUUGGUGUCCUAUUUGUUUGGAUCCACCAUUUGAGGGCUUUCCCUGGCUGAAAUCCACCAGUCAAGUGGCUGCACCAAGCAUUGUGAGGCCUAAAUCACAGAUGUGGAUAGUAUCUUCAACAAUGCACAUACUUGGUGGUGAUUGUUGCUCGAUGUACUUGAUAGGUAAACUUGGUUGGAUGGAUCCCCCACCUGUAACAAUCCUACUGACGCAGUUGAUUGAGAUAUCAAAGCUUUAUGGUCAACUUAAAUUACAUUCUUCUGUGGAACCUGUUUUUCGUGAUGCUCUACAAGAGGGAGUCCUAUCCCUCUAUAGAGAAUUACAAAAGUACAUGGGUACUGAUGAUGUUGAAGUGCUAAAAUCAGCACUUGAUGGUAUUUCCUGGGUCUGGACAGGAGAUAGUUUUGUACCAGCAAGUGCCCUGGCUUUUGAUUCACCAGUGAAGUUCUAUCCUUAUCUGUAUGUUGUUCCAUCUGAACUGGUGGAAUUUAGGGACUUGCUCUUGGCGUUAGGUGUUAAACCUAGUUUUGAUUUUCAUGAUUACGUUCGUGUGCUACAAAAUUUGGGAAACGAUUUGAAAGGCUCUACACUAUCAUUAGAUCAGUUAAACUUUGUUGUGCGUAUCCUAGAAGCUGUUGGUGAUUAUUGCUUGGAUAUACCUCUCUCUGAGUCAUCUAGAACCUCCAUUUUGGUUCCUGAUUCUUCAGGAGCUUUGAGGUGGGCUGGGGACCUCGUUUAUAAUGAUGCUCCUUGGAUCGACACUAGCAAUCUUCUAGAGAAACGGUUUGUGCAUGAUUGUAUCAGCAAUGAUUUGGCAAGUAAAUUGGGCAUCCAAUCACUUCGUUGCCUCUCAUUAGUGGAUGAAGAGACGACUAGAGAUCUACCAUGCAUGGAUUAUGGCAAAGUAAAAGAGCUUUUGGCCUUUUUUGGGGGUGAUGAGUUUUUAUUGUUUGACCUUCUUGAAUUGGCAGAUUGCUGUAAAGCUAAGAAACUGCAUCUGAUAAUUGACAAACGAAAACAUGCUUGCCAGUCUCUGAUGCAGCAUAAUCUCGCGGAGUUCCAAGGUCCUGGUCUAGUGGCUAUUCUUGAAGGUGUUACCUUGAGUACUGAGGAAAUAAGCAGUCUUCAACUUCGCCCUCCAUGGAGGCUAUGUGGUGAUACCCUAAAUUAUGGUUUGGGAUUGUUAAGCUGUUAUGCUCUUUGUGAUAUCCUAUAUGUCAUCUCUUCGGGCUACUUCUAUAUAUUUGAUCCUCGGGGUUUAGCUCUUGGGGCACCUUCAAGUUUUGCUCCAGCAGCAAAAGCUUUUUCAUUGAGAGGUACUAAUUUGACGGCACGAUUUCGUGAUCAGUUUAGUGCGUUGCUGAUUGAUGAAGAUGAAUUGUGGUCACCAUCUGGUUCUACUUUGGUCCGCAUGCCCUUUUCACAGGAAUGCAUGAAGGAUGGACUUGAAAUGGGAUUGAAGAACAUUGAGUCGAAAACUGACAAAUUUUUGGAGCAUGCAUCAAGAGUUCUUCUGUUUUUAAAGUCAGUCUUGCAGGUGACAAUCUCAACGUGGGAGGAAGGAUAUGCAAAGCCAUCAGAGCAGUACUCAGUUUCUGUUGAUUCAUCAUUUGCUGUCACUAGAAACCCCUUUUCAGAGAAGAAGUGGAGAAAAUUUCAGAUAUCAAGGUUAUUUAGCAGCUCCAACACAAGUACAAAAGUUCAAAGUAUAGAUGUGAUUGUCCAUAAAGGAGCUACUAGAGUUGUUGACAGAUGGCUUGUUGUGCUUAGCCUUGGUUCUGGCCAGACUAGAAAUAUGGCUCUUGAUAGGAAGUAUAUGGCAUACAAUCUUACACCUGUUGCUGGAGUUGCUGCGCAUGUAUCCCGCGAUGGUCAUCCUGUUAUUUGUCCAGGCAGCUCCAUUCUGUCACCUCUUCCUUUGUCUAGUGAUAUACACUUACCAGUCACAGUCCUCGGUUGUUUCCUUGUCUGCCACAACAAAGGUCGUUAUCUCUUCAGGUACCAAGAUAAGAAGGAAUUGGUUGAUAUAGUGCUUGAUGCUGGAGAUCAGUUAAUUGAGACUUGGAAUAGAGAAUUGAUGUCAUGCGUCCUUGAUUCAUACGCUGAAAUGGUGAUGGAAUUGCAGAAGUUGAGGAGAGAGCCUUCGAAUUCUGUUAUAGAACCUGGUUUAGCCCAUGUACUUAGUUUGUCUGUGAAGGCCUAUGGAGAUCAGAUAUAUUCUUUUUGGCCUAAGUCUGCUCUGACAGAUCAACAUACCAGUGAAAGUGGUUUGGUGGCAAUUAAUGGACCUAGAGCGGAUUGGGAAUGCAUAGUGCAGCAAUUGAUAAGGCCCUUCUAUGCUCGUGCAGUUGACCUCCCUGUGUGGCAGUUAUACUCGGGUAACCUGGUAAAAGCUAGUGAGGGAAUGUUUCUUUCACAGCCUGGGAGUGCGGUGGGUGGUAACUUGCUUCCCGCCACAGUUUGUGACUUUGUCAAGGAGCAAUAUCCAGUUUUCUCUGUAUCAUGGGAAUUGGUGGCUGAGAUUCAGUCCGUUGGUGUUACAGUUCAAGAAAUUAAACCAAAGAUGGUGCGUGACCUCUUAAGAGCUCGUUCAUCAUCUCCUGUUCUUCGGUCUGUUGACACCUAUGUGGAUGUUAUGGAGUACUGCCUAUCAGAUAUUCAUUUCACAGAACCGACUAAUUCUAAUGAAGAUAGUACAUCAGUGGGGGGGAGUAAUAACCAUUCUAUUUCUAACAAAUCUACUUCUGCAGGCGCUGGUGCUGCAUCUUUGUCAGUUUCUAAUUUCCAAAGUCCAAAUCAAUCUACUCAUGGUGCCAAUAGUUCCGGAGAUGCACUUGAAAUGGUGACAAGUUUGGGGAAAGUUUUUGAUUUCAGUAGAGGAGUGGUUGAAGAUAUUGGUAGAGCUGGAGUGCCCUUAAUUCCGAGGAACAGCAAUUCUGCUAUUUCCAAUGGCGGCAAUGGAAUCGUAGACCAUAAACUGCUUUUCGUAGCUGCAGAACUUAAGGGCUUACCAUGUCCAACAGCAGCAGAACAUCUUACUAGGCUGGGGAUCACUGAAUUGUGGCUUGGAAGCAGGGAACAACAAGAGCUGAUGGUUCCUUUAGCCGCAAAAUUUAUCCAUGCAAAAGUAAUGGAUCGAUCCAUUUUGAUUGAAAUCUUUUCAAAUUCUACUCUUCAGUAUUUGUUAAAAUUGCAGAAUUUCUCUCUUCCACUACUUUCUAGGCAUAUGAAGUUGCUUUUCCAUGAGAAUUGGGUGGCUCAUGUUAUGGCGACGAACUUGGCUCCCUGGUUUUCAUGGGAAAAUACACCUGGGUCUGGUACUGAGGGAGGUCCUUCCCCUGAAUGGAUUAAACUUUUCUGGAAAAAUUUCAAUGGCUCAUUGUCAGACCUUUCUCUCUUUUCUGAUUGGCCUCUAAUACCUGCUUUUCUUGGAAGGUCAAUUUUGUGCCGUGUAAAAGAAAGUCAUCUCAUCUUUAUUCCUCCGCCACUGACAGAUCCAUCUUCCUUGGAAAUUGUUGAUUCUGAAGAUAAUAGAACUGACUUUGUACUAAACAGCCCUUCUGAAUCUAUUUCAACUCUUCCCUACAUUACUGCAUUCAAAGCUGUGAAAUUUAAGUAUCCAUGGUUGUUGUCCUUGUUGAAUCAGUGCAGUAUACCAACAUUUGAUACAGCUUUUAUCGAGUGUGCUGCUUCUUGCAACUGUCUCCCUCCACUGGGCCACUCACUUGGGAAAGUCAUCACAUCCAAGUUAGUUGCAGCUAGAAAGGCUAGCUAUGUUCCUGAACUUACGUCCUUUUCGGCUUCAGACAGAGAUGAACUCUUUAGCCUUUUUGCGAACGAUUUCUUGUCUAAUCGCUCCAUCUAUGAUUCAGAAGAACUUGAAGCAAUACGUUUGCUGCCUAUUUAUAAAACAGUUGCUGGAGCAUACUCAGGAUUGUGCAAUGAAAACCAUUGUAUCAUAUCUUCUAAUUCAUUUCUUAAGCCCUCUCAUGAGCAUUGCCUUGCUUAUGAUACAGAAUCCACUGAAGGUCAAUUACUUCGAGCACUUGGUAUCCCUGAGUUGCACGAUCAACAGAUUUUGGUAAGGUUUGCCUUACCUGGGUAUGACAAGAAACCUCAGGCUGAGCAGGAGGAUAUACUUUUCUAUAUAUACAUGAAUUGGCAAAAUAUCCAGGUGGAAUCUAGUGUAAUUGAGUCUUUGAAAGAGACUAAAUUUAUCAGAAGUGCUGAUGAGUUCUCCCCAGAUUUAUUUGUGGCUAAGGAUUUGUUUGAUCCAAGUGAUUCGUUAUUGGCAUCUGUGUUCUCUGGUGAGAGGAGAAAAUUUCCUGGAGAAAGGUUUUCUACAGAUAGUUGGCCCAUCUUACGGAAAAUAGGUUUACGAACUGCGACAGAAGUAGACAUAAUACUUGAAUGCAAAAGAGUCGAGUAUCUAGCAACUGAAUGGAUGAAAGGCAUAGGGGAUUCAGAUGAUAUUGGGACAGACUUGGUGAACUCUCAGAAUGGAGUCCCUACGGAAAUAUAUGCAUUGGCUGGAUCUGUUGUUGAUUCUAUUUUCGCUAACUUCGCUGUCCUAUAUGGUAACAACUUUUGCAAUAAUCUUGGCAAGAUUGCGUGCAUUCCUGCUGAGCUGGGUUUUCCAAGUGUUGCUGGCAGGAAAGGUGGCAAAAGAGUGCUUACUUCAUAUAGUGAUGCCAUUCUGUUGAAGGAUUGGCCUUUGGCUUGGAGUUGCUCUCCCAUUUUGACCAGACAAAGUUUUAUUCCACCUGAAUACUCUUGGGGAUCACUUUACCUAAAAAGCCCUCCAGAUUUUUCGAGAGUUCUGAAACAUUUGCAGGUUAUUGGAAGAAAUGGAGGCGAAGACACACUUGCUCACUGGCCAAUAGCAUCUGGCAUGAUGACAGUUAAUGAUGCAACCCUAGUGAUUCUAAAAUACCUGGAUAAGUUGUGGGAUUCCCUUUCUUCUUCAGAUAUUACAGAAUUGCAGAAAGUGGCAUUUUUGCCUGCUGCCAAUGGUACACGCUUGGUGACAGCUGAUUCUCUGUUUGUGCGUCUCACGAUUAACUUGUCGCCAUUUGCUUUUGAACUUCCUUCUAUAUAUCUUCCUUAUAUUAAGCUUCUUAAAGAUUUGGGACUUCAAGACAUGCUCUCAGUUAAAUCAGCAAAGAGUCUUCUGUCAGAUCUCCAGAAGACUUGUGGAUAUCAGCGUCUAAAUCCAAAUGAACUUCGUGCUGUAAUGGAAAUUUUGUAUUUCUUCUCUGAUGGGAUUGUUGAUGUGAACGUCACUGAUGGCAUUGCAUUGAAAUCAGAAGCUGUAGUCCCUGACGAUGGCUGCAGACUUGUGCACGCGCAGUCAUGUGUAUACAUUGAUUCUCAUGGCUCCCAAUUCGUCAAAUAUAUUGAUACUUCAAGGUUAAGAUUUGUCCAUCCUCUUAUUCCUGACAAGAUAUGUGAAGCCCUUGGCAUCCGAAAACUGUCUGAUGUUGUUAUUGAGGAACUCUGUCAGAGAGAGCAGUUGCAAACUUUGGACUGCAUCAGAUCAGUUCCACUAGCAGCCAUCAAAAAUAGAUUGCGCAGCCUAUCUCUUCACAGUGCUAUAUGUACCAUUGUAAAAAGCAUGUCCAGAUAUGUACCUGCACUUAGUCAUCUGAAUUUGGAACUCAUACAAAAAACCUUAGACACUGUGGCAGGGAAAUUGCAGUUUGUAAAGAGCCUCAAUACUCAGUUUAUUCUUCUUCCAGGUCAUAUUGAAAUUACACGUGUAGACAAGGAAUCCUAUUUUCCUGGGUGGGAGGGUGGAUCUCCCCAUCGAACUCUUUACUUUGUUGACCAGGCAAAGGCCUGCAUUAUGAUCGCUGAGCCUCCAGCAUGUAUUUCUGUACUUGAUGUCAUUGCAAUUGUUGUGAGCCAGCUUUUAGGGUCCCCUAUUCCUUUGCCGAUUGCGUCAUUGUUUUUCAGUCCUGAAGGUUCUGAAUCUAUUGUUGUCGAUGUUAUGAAAAUAUGUUCCGACAAGAGAGAACUUGAACAAAGACACUGCAGCAAUAGUUUGCUAGGAAAAGAAAUACAACCUCAAGAUGCCAUGCAAGUGCAGUUUCACCCGUUGAGACCCUUCUAUAGAGGAGAAAUAGUGGCUUGGAGGUUGCAGAAUGGAGAAAAGUUGCGAUAUGGUAGGGUUCCAGAAGAUGUAAGUCCAUCGGCAGGACAGGCAUUGUACAGAUUGAAGGUGGAAACAAUGGCUGGAGUGACAGAACUGCUUUUGUCUUCACAAGUCUUCUCUUUCAAAAAUAUUUCCAUGGGAAUUGCCGUUUCAUCAUCAAGCUUACAGGAUGAUGCCCCUGCAGUUAUUGGUAGAAGGACUCAUAUAGCGAUGUCAGAAAAUUCUGGAACAGAAAGAGCGAGAUCCUCACAGUCUUGUCAAGAACUUCGAUAUGGCCGAGUUUCUGCUGGAGAGCUGGUUCAAGCAGUUCAGGAGUUGCUUUCUGCUGCAGGGAUUCAUAUGGAUGUGGAGAAGCAGUCUCUCCUGCAAAAUACCAUCUCCCUGCAGGAUCAACUCAAGGAAUCUCAAGCAGCACUUCUACUUGAACAGGAGAAGGCUGACGUGGCUUCUAAAGAAGCUGACAUGGCCAAGGCGGCGUGGGUUUGUCGGGUAUGUUUGAGUGCUGAAGUGGAUGUUGCCAUUGUUCCCUGUGGCCAUGUCCUCUGCCGUAGAUGCUCAUCUGCUGUUUCAAGGUGUCCCUUCUGUCGUCUUCAGGUGAUGAAAACCAUGAAAAUAUUUCGGCCUUGAUCACAGACUGAGUAUGGGCAUCCUCACAUUCUCUUUGCUGCAUGAAAGGGUAACGGCAUCUAUUGAACUGUUCAUAGGUGGAAUUUUCAAGCGAAUGAACUCGUCAUUUGUGAGUGCAUAUUUAAUGUCGGUAGCAUCUCAAUUAGCAAGUAAAUAUUAGACGAGGUCAUCCUGUGGUUCUGGCUUCGUAGAAAUCUUUCCGUGCCAAUUGCUGUACAGUAAAUAUCGCCUGUUGAUGUACAGAAUGCAGUCGAAAUACAUGAUGUAGACAACGGUAUAGAAAUCGAUUUUUUGUCGGCGUUUUCAAGACCUGGAAUCUCUGGUGUGAGCAUGCUCACGACAUUGUAAUUAGUGAUUUGAGAAUCAGAGAUGGCAAUUUAUUAUUGUUAAUAUGAAA